AUGGGUAGCGUCAAAAGCCCGCCUUCACCUGCCUUCACGGCCUUUGUCGAUGCUUCUGCCGGUGCAAUGGGUGCACUGUUUGCUGCUGUGCUGUUGUAUCCAUUGGACGUAGCAAAAACGCGCCGUCAAGUCGACGUGGACGACAGCAACGAGGAAAACGUGGCACUCGAUGCAGAAGUCCAAGUCAAAGCUCGUGCUUUGCACAAGAAGAAGGCGCACAAUUUGCUCGUGGCCGUGUGGCUCACGUACCGCCGAGAAGGCAUCGAGGGAAUGUUUGCCGGCCUCAGCUCCAAGGUCGUGCAUACGGUAUUGUCGAAUUUCGUCUAUUUCUACUGGUACUCGGUGCUCAAGACAGCGGUGGAAAAGCAUUUGAAGACGCCCAUAACGACGGGGAUGAGUCUGCUCGUUGCAUCAACUGCCGGAGCGUUCAACAUGUCCAUGACACUCCCGUUGGAGAUGAUCAAUACGCGAGCACAGAUUCAGCCGAAAGGCACGGACAAAACUCGUGAUAUCGAUGAGGCGAGUGAAGACAAGUUGAUGAACAAACAAAGCAUGUGGAGUAUUGCCAGGGACAUAUACGCGGAGAAUGGCUUGAUGUCGUUUUGGAAAGGGUACAUCCCAUCGCUUGUGCUGGUAAGCAACCCAUCCAUCAACUACACGAUUUUUGAUAAGCUCAAGUCGCAGCUGCAGCGUUCCAAGGUGGCAGCAGGCAAGACAAAGCGUGUGGGCUCGUUGACAGCUGCGGAGGCUUUUCUUCUUGCUGCAAUCGCUAAGGCUGUGGCCACGAUCCUCACAUACCCAGUCAUUCGCGCCAAGGUGCUACUGCAAGCGCAGAAGGAGCAGACAACUGAACCGCAGAAACAAUCACACAGCUAUCAUCAGGCUGCGAUGGGCAACUCCAUGGUGCAGGUGCUCAAGCGCAUUGGCGAGUUGGAAGGAUUCAACGGCUACUACAAGGGCUGUUCAGCACAACUUCUCAACACGGUUCUCAAGAGUGCUUUAUUGGUGAUGACCAAGGAGGAGAUUACCAAGUAUACAAUGCGCGUGCUCUACCUGCUGCGCCGUGGUGCCGUCCCGUAA